GAUGUAGACAUUGAUGAGGUCCUGCGAGUCGAAUGCGUGAACUUGGCCUUGGCAGGCAGCCACGUUGGAUGGGGGGAGGACGGGGAGGAACCUAGACCACGCGUCCGUGAGGACAAACACCGCCCACUGAAGUGCAGGGUCGAGCGACAGGGGAAACACAGACUUAAAGAUGCUGGGGGCGUUCGACUGGGUCUUACCAAAGCGAUGCAUGCUGACGCGGCCACGGGGGCCGGUGAGUCAGAGCGGCUGUGUCAGCGGAGCCCGAGCUGUGCCAUGCACUGCCAUCCCAUCUAA